AUGGCAGGUACUGAGGAAGGCACCGCGGGUACGUCUUCGCCGCCUGCUACUCAGCCGGCCAACGCAGCUGUGAAGGAGGCCGCCCACGACCUCGAAGAGUGGAAGCGCUUGAGGAGCCUCGCCAGCAGACCUAAUGUUUUGGUGGCGAUCGACGCACAAAUCGCUCUGCUCGAAGCCCCGGACGCGAAGCCUGAGAAGGAUGUCGGGGAAAAGCGAGCAGUGCCGCUAAAAUCCGGAACGCCGCCGUUCUCGGCGACGGAGUCACACGGAGUCUCAAGUCUGAGCCAGCCGGUCAAGCUUGCCAACGCGCACACCUCUCAGGUCCACUUCAUUCCGCUCACUUCCUUUGCCUGGGACCAAACAGACCGCGCCGUCAAGGUCUACGUGAAACUUCAAGGAGUGCAGGAUAUUCCUAAGGACCAGGUCUCUGCCAAGUUCACUACUCAGACUAUGGACCUGGAGGUGCGAGACUUGCACUCCAAGAACUACUCCCUCAGCUUCAAGCGUCUCAACCAGCCAAUUGCACCAGAAGGCUCCACGUUCCGCGUCAAGAAGGACAUGGUCGUUGUCACAUUGCAAAAGGCGAAUGCCUUGUGGUGGGCGGAUUUGUCGUUCAAGGAGAGAAAGUUCGCAGCUCCUCCAAAGAUUGACGAAAACGCAGACCCGAGCGUUUCAAUCAUGUCUCUCAUGAAGAAUCUCUACGAAGAGGGUGACGACGAAAUGAAGCGGACGAUUGCGAAAUCCUGGAUGGAAUCGCAACAACAGAAGGCCACUGGGAACUCGCCUUUCGGCGACAUGCCCUUCUAG